GUUUGGUACUUCCUGAUUGUUCCUGAUUAGCGAUUUGUUUGAAUUAAAUUGAUUUAAACCACCUUUAUUUUCUUUUGUGAUAAAAUGGAUAAAAAGAAAUCUAAACGAAGAAGAUCAUCUUCAGAAGAUAGCACUAGUUCCAGCAGCUCCGACUCAUCGCGUGAGAAGAAGAAGUUAAGAAAACUGAAAAAGAAAUUGAAGAAGGAACAAAAAAAGACCGAGAGAGCGUUAAAAAAGAAAUUAAAGGAGGAAAAAAGAAAGCUAAAGAAGAAGAAAAGCAGUAGCGACAGAGGCAGUCGCGACGAGGGUGACGACAUCAAAAAAGAUGACAAGUCAGCCGACAUACCACUUGAAUUAAUGGAGAAGUCCAAAGCCAUGGCACCAAUGACAAAAGAAGAGUGGGAAAAGAGACAGAGUGUUAUAAGAAGAGUUCUAGAUGAAGAAAGUGGAAGAUACAGGUUAAUAAAAGGUGAUGGUGAAGUGUUAGAAGAAAUAGUGUCCCGAGAUCGCCACAAGCAGAUUAACAGACAGGCCACGCUGGCUGACGGAGCCUUUUUCCAAUCCCAAACUAUUGAAAAGAAAUUUAAGUGAAAGGGAUUUAGCUUGUAAUUUGAAUAUGUUGAGCAUAUUAACUUGUUUGAUUGUCAGACACAUUUGUUACUAAUGUUACCUCAGUAUGUGCACUUAUUCUAGUUAGUCAAGCAUGUUGUACCAAUUGAGAGUAGAGAUAGGUUGCUAUAUUUUUAUAAACCUAAGUGUCAUAGGUCUGUUUUGCAACCAACCCAUUGAAACACUGAGAAUAAAUAUUUAUUAGAU